AACAACGAGACAAGGGAAAUUUUAUACCUCGACAGCAGCAUUUUAAAAUCUGACGGAGUUCAGUGUAUGGAUGUAAGGCACUAGUAAAUGUAUCAUUCAUGAGUUUGUCUUGUUUUUUAUAGCAUUAUGACGAAAGUUCUCUAAUUUUCUGUUUUUAAGAAAGUGAAGGCUUACCUUGAACAGGAACACAAAUGUAAAAUGUCAGGAACAUUUUUGCCGUACACCUGUCGGAAAGUAAAUGAAUGCUCAUCCCAAAACAAUUCACAUGACUGUGGCGUAUUUCUCUGCUACUUUGCGAGACAGAUCGUAAUAGAAUCAUCUAUCAGUCAUAGUAGCGCUGCUGUGAGCCGUCUACGACACCAAAUGGCUUUUGAGCUUCUGUCAUCACAGCUCAUGGACGACAACUACCUGCUGGUGCAUAGUUUUCUAGAACUACUUAUGUAUUUUUUUGCACAUAAAACUUACAUUAAAUUUCGUCCAUUUCAUGUUUCACAGGACGAAUACUACCCAAAUGGACCUCUCAUGGGACCGACUCAAGUCCUUUAUACAGCACUUCCAGCUCAACAGUGUCCUAUGAUUGUACCCGGAAGCGGCUUAAGAAAUCUGGGAAACACGUGCUACAUAAACUCUUGCGUUCAGAUGUUAAUGCACAUUGGUCCGUUUGCUGCAUUCCUUGAAGAGGAUGAAGAUCAUAGGCUUACAUGUCUGCAAGAGAAAUGCUUGACAUGUGCGCUAGGCAAACUUCGCUCCGAUUGCCAGAAAGGAGCGGGUGUUGUGGAACCGGUUGAACUUAUUAUGGCUAUAAAAGGUAAGUGUUUUGACGACACUGCGUAUGUUUGCAGCUUUAAGGAAAACAGAAUUGUUUUUUUUAUUCUUCCAGACUUUUGGAAGGACUUUGAAGACGGCCGAAUGGAGGACGCUACAGAAUUUUUGAACCUAAUGCUUCCAAGACUACAACAGGAGUAUAUUGAGAGAUUUUUCUUGGAAGACAUUGACAUACACAGCCAGAAAACAACACCAGUUUGUCAAAUCUUUGGAUUCUACAUAAGAACAGAAACAAAGUGUACCAGUUGCCAAUUAACUUCGGUCACAUUUGACCACACGUUGCAAAUAACUUACCCCGUGGCCAGGAUUAAAUCAGUGAAGAAUGGUCUGGACCUGGCUAUGGCACCUGUGGAGGUUGCAGACUACAAUUGUAACGGUUGCUUUAAAUCAGUGACAGCAAACACUGUUAUGACCAUGCAAACUCUCCCCCGAGUUUUGAUCAUAUACCAACAAAGGUUUGUAGUAGGAAAACUCAGCAAGGAUACUGAUCCUGUUUGACAUAAAAUAAUAGGUUCCUUUGUGUGUGUGUGUGUUUUUUUUAAGAAUUACUACAAGAGUUCUUUAUUUCCUUUAAGGUUUUCUGCAAACAUGCCAAAGAACAACAAAGUCAUUUCAGCACCCACGCACCUUGAUCUAAAAGACUACUUAUCACCCAACGUAAAGGUUCCUCACAUGUAUGACUUUGUGGGUGAAAUCAGCCAUUUAGGCCCGAAUGCUUCAGAUGGGCACUACACGUGCGGUAUGAGGUGCUCAACUGGCUACCGCCUCUUCAAUGAUGGAACGGUAAUUAGUCGCAUUUAAGAUUUAUUUAGAAAGUUCAUUACCACGUGACACAAAUAGUUAUCUUUUUUUUAAGGUUUCACAAACCACCAAGGAGUUUCUCCUCUCGGAGAGAAGUUAUGUCCUCGUUUACGAGCAAAGGCAAGAUAAAUAGGUUAUUUUUAACAUUUUUGGAUCAUUUGUCUGAACGGAAAAUUUGUGUCUUCAUGCAUAUUAUUAUUGCUUGUUCAUUUCAAUAAAUGAUCACUUUUUAUCAGUUUUGUAACAUUUGUGUACAUGAUUCACUUCAUAGUUUUGUGAAAUUUGUGACUAAAUGGUGAUUUAUUAAGACAAACGAUAAGUUGGUCAAAUUACUUUUGUGUCAAUAGUGUUUGUUCAUUAAAAUAGAUAAAUAGGUUAUUUUUAACAUUUAUGGGUCAUUUGUCUUAACGAAAAAUUUGUGUCUUCAUGCUUAUUGCUCGUUCAUUUCAAUAAAUGAUAACUUUUUAUCAGUUUUGUAACAU